AUGUCAAGUAUCACUUCCCGCUUGGCUAUAUACGUCGUCAUGAUUCUCUACUUCCAUCAAGACGCUUCUCCUAAUACCGAAACUUUUGGUCAGCAGGCAUGUUACGGUAUGAUGCUGAGUGACAUUGCUAGCAACCAUCCGGAAAAUUCUUAUAUCUCCUCUCGUCCGUGGCUCCGCCGCGCAAUAUGCUGGGUCGCUAUCGCACUUGGGCUAUGGUCGGCCUCUUAUCCCGAACAUGACGUCGAUAGAUGCGGCUGGUCCAACAUUCUCCUCGAGUCAUCUAAGUACAUGUUCCCACCAAACGUCAAUCUUGGAAAACGCUUCACGGCCCUCGGAGUCGACCUCAUUAUUCUCGGCAUAUUUCUUUCUCCUUCUAUCAAAAAUGUGCUCUCCAACAGCUUCUUCCUAUGGUUUGGCCGAAACAGCUUUGCCGUCUACCUUACCCAUGGCACUCUGCUGAAGACGGUCCUAACCUAUAUGGUCUACGGCAAUAUCACCGGGGAACCAUGGGUUGUCACCAAGAAUGAAAACGGAGAAGACGUCCUGCCGCCAUGGUUCACUCGGGGAUCCCCCGGGGUAUUCGCUAUUUGUAUACCGAUCUGGCUGGUGAUAGUGUACACUAUUGCUCACUUCUGGACAACAUACGUCGACUCCUUCUGUGCACGAGUCACUCAGCGCCUUGAAAGCCUUGCCUUUGAGUCCGACAAUGAGAAAACCCAACUCCCUAGGUGA